AGCGUUUUGUGGAGUGGGGGAGUGGUGGUGGUUCCGAGCCAAUCACGGUCUCCACGAACCGUAUUUCACCCCCCAACCGCACCAACCCUAUCCCUCCCCUCUUUUCUUUCUUUCUGCGGUCACCGGCGGGCGGCGGGGAGCAGAUCGACCGCGCGGCGGCAGGCCACCGGACUCCGUCAAGGCUGCUAAAAAUGGAUAAGGUCAAGGGCUCUGCGCGCCUGAUGAUUGUUUCAGAUCUCGAUCACACGAUGGUCGAUCAUCAUGACGAAGAGAACCUGUCUCUGCUUAGGUUCGGGGCCCUUUGGGAGUCUGUCUACUGCCAGGAUUCCCUUCUCGUCUUCUCAACAGGAAGAUCGCCUACUCUGUAUAAGGAAUUGAGGAAAGAGAAGCCUAUGCUCACUCCAGACAUCACCAUCAUGUCCGUGGGCUCUGAGAUAACGUAUGGUGAGGCCAUGGUUCCUGAUGAUGGCUGGGAGGAAUAUCUCAACAAUAAGUGGGACAAGAAUAUUGUUCUUGAGGAGACGGCUAAGUUCUCUGAGCUCAAGCUCCAGCCAGACACAGAACAGCGUCCACAUAAGGUCAGCUUUUUGGUCGACAAGAAGAACGCUCAGGGAGUGAUCAAGUCUCUCUCCGACAAGUUUGAGAAGCGUGGGGUAGAUGCGAAAAUAAUCUACAGCGGUGGCCAGGAUCUCGACAUAUUAGCUCAAGGGGCUGGAAAGGGUCAAGCACUUGCAUAUUUGCUCAAGAAGUUGGGUUCAUGCGGAAAAACACCCAACAAUACUCUUGUUUGUGGUGACUCUGGCAAUGAUGCAGAAUUAUUCAGUAUCCCUGGUGUACAUGGUGUCAUGGUUAGCAAUGCCCAAGAGGAACUACUCCAGUGGCAUGCAGAAAAUGCGAAGGAUAAUCCUAAGAUAAUUCAUGCAACUGAGAGGUGUGCUGCUGGUAUUAUUCAAGCUAUCGGGCACUUCAAGCUAGGACCUAAUGUUACUCCAAGAGAUGAUGCGUUUCCUUACGUCAAGGAGGACCCUUUCAAGCCUACAGCGGCCAUUGUGAAGUUCUAUGUUCUGUACGAAAAGUGGCGUAGAGCUGAUGUUCCAAAGGCUGAUUCAGUUAUAGACUACUUCAAAAACAUCACAGAUGCAAAUGGAGUUAUUAUUCAUCCGUCUGGGGUCGAACUUUCGAUCCAUUCGUCCAUUGAUGAGCUGGCUUCAUGUUAUGGUGACAAACAAGGGAAAAAGUACCGAUCAUGGGUGGACAGACUAGUUAUCUUGCAGACUGCUUCUGACAGUUGGCUCGUGAGAUUCGACUUGUGGGAGGCAGAAGGUGAUGCGUGGGUGUGCUGUUUUACAACUCUUGCGCUGAGUGUAAAGCCUGAAAACCCCGGGGGUUUCGUGGUAACACACAUCCACAAGACAUGGCGCAAAGAAUAUCCCGGGGUUGAGCAGUCGUCCAAACUCUAGACCGCCGGCCGGCGCAUGGGGAGGAGUUUUUUCUUCUUGAGGAUGAAAUAAGAAAUCGUACCGGAAGCAUGUGAAUUUCUUUUUUACUUGUUCAUAUAAUGUUAAUAAGUGCUCCCAGACACAUACAUAUACUAGACUGGAUGAUGUCUCUUGAUGCUGUCAUGAGAGGCUAAACUAAAGUAAAUGACCCCAGUCCCAGUAUAUAUACUAGUUGGAUGUGCUACGUGUUA